UGUGACCGACCCUCCUUUUAUCAGUAGAGCCCUCUCUCUAUCUCUCUUGCCUUCAAGACGCUCCCGCUUGCUGCUCUCUUUUCCUGUCUCUCUCUGUCUCUGUCCGUCUCCUGCUGCCGGCUCAGAGGGACACGUGUAGUGCUGCGCAGCACUUCCCUUGAUUCACCCUCCAGUCUCUCGCUGCUCAAAUCCCACUGAGCCACUAAUGGCUUUAAGCCCUCAGAAAUCCACAACACUUGAGUUCCGGAACACCUGGGUUAAAAUUCCGAAAUACGGGAAUACCGGAGGACUUUGCUUUUUUUUGGAGCUGGGAAGAUUCGCGGACUUUACUAUGUGUUUGUUUUUAACUUUUUAUCCUGUACUAAAAUUGGUUGAUAAUCAUCUAUUGCAAACACUGUGUGAGAGUGGAUCCUUAAUUUUCCAUUAAUGCGGGAGGAAUUCUUCUGGAAUUACUUUUGGAUAUAACUUGUUAUUUCUUUGUAAACGUGGAAAGAAUUGAAACACAAUUUUGGGGAUUUCUCUUUGGAUUUGGAGGUGUAACACGCUUCCAGAGGAAAGACAUCAGACUGACUCAAAAGUAGACGUGUGUCUGUGUGUGUGUGAUUAAAGACCUUAUGAAAGCGUGUAUUGUUUAUAUGUCUGCGUUUGCCUGUAUUUGUAUGUGUAUUUUUGGCCAUGCUGGAAGAAAAGAAGGCCCAGGGGUCUCGGCAACAGGGCUCAGCGGACGCAGGUCACCCAAAAACGUCAAAGAUCAACAGCAGCACAUGGAAAACUGACCACGUCUCAAACAGCAGCAACGUCAUCAACCCUCCACGCCGCUUUGCAUUGCUAUCGGAGCGUUGUGCCCCCUCUACUGCUUCAGGGCCCCUAACAAGCCCCCUACUUGGAGGGCUACCAGGUAGAUCGCUCCUGAUUGGACAGCAGGCUGCCUCCUUGCGGCUGGCUCAACUUAAGGCCCAGCUAGCGCUGACACAGAUAAACAGUGCUCUCACUGUUGGCAACCGAGCCACGACUUUGACAGCCAACGCCAACACACCUGCUCCGUACAUACCAACAACAGCCCCCUCCCCAACUGCUGCGGCCAUCAAUCUUCUUAAUCUUCUGAAGAUUGUUAAUACCAUGUCCCAUCCCCUGUAUAACCCCUAUGCCUCUGGGAACCAAAGUUCCACCCAGGGACAGUAUGGACUCUCCAGUAUACAGGUAGCAAGGGACCCUCAAAGGGCAUCCUCUGGCCCUGGAGCUGGGCCCAGCGUCAGCUCUUCUGGAGCUUCUGCGACUCCCGCCAACUCCGGGGGGACACUCCCAUUGCUGCUGCCUCAGUCAAUGAACUACAGGCCUGAACAGAGAAGGGCCACAAUAGACAAAAACCUAGAGAGGUCUAUAGACAUGCAUAUUAGCAGAGCGAGAGAGGAGGUGAGGCUUCUUGGCAAACCGAUGCAUCAGCCCAUAGACGAGGGAGCUCGCUUUACCAGCACAGGGAUGACCGCCUACCCAAUGUCCUCAACCUCUUCCUCUCUAGGACAUAGACAGUCGGGCUUUGAAAGUGGCCGUAGCUCUUCGGAGUGGUCAUCAAACUACAAAAGGCCCACUGCUGAUGACCCCUCUGAAUUUUAUUCAUCAUCUGCUUCAUCCAACUAUGCUGGUGGUGGUGAUGGUAGGUUGAAUGUCUUCGGUGAAAGAAAACAUGAUAUGCAGUCCAUUCCAGGGUUAGGUGAUUUUGACUGUCCAGUGCCAGACAAACCUGCUGCGCCCGCAGAGUCAAGUCGACCCAAGUACACCUCUGAAUCAGCUUCGAACAUCCUUCUGCACUUUGGACUUGAAAAAGAGGACUUGCAACAUCUCAUCUCCUUUCCUGAAGACCAGAUCACUCCUGCUAACCUGCCGUACAUCUUGCGGCAAAUCCGCGUUGAGAAGACCAAGAAAGCUACAGCUGCAGUUCAGUCAAAACCUGAACCCCAACCCACUGGAAGUCUGAGAGGAAUUGAAAGUCACAGUUUGAGUAGUUCUGGAGGGGCAUUGCUGCGCCAGGAGGAAAUUUCAUCGGCUAUUCUCCAGCCCAGUAAAGUGAUUGACUAUGGACAUACUGGCAAAUAUACUGGAGGGGUUGGGGAUGAGAUUGGAAGGACCAGUAGCAGCAGAGCUAACAGCGGUGGGAAUGAAAGUAUGUUGCUAAUGAACACUUAUGAUGGCAGCAGACACAAUCGAGAAGCACCCCAAAAACAUACAACAGAGGUGAAAAGCAGUGCCUUUAGUUCUUCACGUGACCAGGCGAGUUCUGUUUCCAGUCUCAGCUCUUCAUACGGUUCAAUACUGAGCUCUGUGGCUCCACCAAGCAAUGAUCAGACCAAACGAUUGCAGAGCCAACCAAACCAGACUUCCCAAACAAUCCUCAGCUCUUUCUCUCUGCCAAAGAAAGACACAGACAUCAGAGUUCUCAAGUCUGAAGUCCCCAAACCUGCUCCUUUAAAAGAACCAGAGGAUGAUCGUCAAUCAACAUCGAAAACCCAGCCACUCUCCACUCUGUACCAUGGUGUGCAUCCCUGCCGACCUGGCCUUGUGCUCAUCAACAGUAAUAACGCCAGAGGCACUAAGGAUCUGAGUAAAACUCAAGGACAAGGGUCAACAGUUGCUGAGCAGAUGAAAAAGCAGCAGACUCAGCAGCAGUUGCAGAAGCAGCCGAUGCAGCAGCACCAGAAGCAGCAGACACCAAAGCAGCCAGUAUCGCAGGCGGGACAAGCUGUGUGGCCUCCAGUUAUUUCUGCUGCAAAAUCUGUUCCCCCUGCCUCUCGCACCCCAAACAUCACAGAUGCCAUGCAACGUCCAGUGUUUGUCCCUGGUGGUCCCCGCCCCAUCGUUGGCCCUCCAGCUCUGCCACAGCCAAUCCCAAGCCUAAUGAACAUCAUUCCUCAGACGCAGCCGCCUUCAAAAUGGCAGCCUCCGGCAAAGAUGGCUGUGACCAAGGGUCUUCCAACGGCAGCCAUGAUGCAUGACUAUGCGGCAACCACGCCAAAAAUCUUUCCACACACCUGCUCUUUGUGUAACAGAGAAUGUACUCGUAUGAAGGAUUGGCUCUCCCACCAGAACACCAGCCUUCACCUUGAGAGCUGCAGAGUCCUCCGAACACAAUAUCCAGAGUGGGAUGGUGAGAUAGCACUCAAGCCAAGUGCUGCAGGCAAAGAUGCCAAGCCCUUGCCCUCAACCUCUGUAAAGACUUCCCAGCAUCAUCACCAGAAAGUCAGGCAUGGAAUCCGCUCCUGUUCCCACUCGCCCAGCCCCCGUCGCCACUGUGGGCCAGAGGGUAGAAGGGAGAGCCGCAGUAGUCGAUCACAUUCGCCACUCAGCUCCAGAUACACUCGCAGGUCUCGGUCUCGUUCUCGUUCCCCACGGUAUGACCAUCCUUCCUCCUCCCACUCUUGGUCACGUUCCAGGAGCCCUGAGAGAGGAUUGUCGCCAAGGUGGAGAGACGAGAAACUAUCCUCAUCAAGGAAGAGAGGCGAUAGACGACCAUCUCCAAAGAGGAGCCAUGAGAGAGGAUCAUCUCCAAGGAAGAGUAAUGAAUCACGAUCACCAUCAAGGAGGAGUGAUGAGUGGCGAUCACCACCAUGGAGGAGUAAUGAGAGACGAUCGCCACCAAGGAGGAGUGAUCAGAGAAGAUCGCCACCAAGGAAGAGUGAUGAGACAAGAUCUCCAUUAAUGAGGGGUGAUGAGUGGCAGUCACCAGCAAGGAGGACUGAUGACAGACGAUCACCACCAUGGAGGAGUAACAAAAGAGGUUCACCACCAAGAAGGACUGAUGAGAGACAACCUCUACCAAAGAGGAGUGAUCAGAGAAGAUCACCGCCAAGACGGAGUGAUCAGAGACGAUCCCCUCAACAGAAGAAGUCAAGCAGUGCAGAGAGGCUGGCUAAGAAACUACUAGAAACAUCAGCUGUCCAGUCUCUGUCAAAAGAGUCUGACCUGGAGGCCGUGGUUAAAACCUUACUAGCUGGGCUAGCCAAGAUGAAGUCAUCGUCAUCGUCAUCCACCUCCACAAGAGGGAAGCCCUCCUCAUCUUCUGCUGCCUGUUCCUCAUCCUCCUCCUCUACAGCAAAGAAGAAGGAGUUGACUAAAAAGCCCUCUAAAGCAAAGUCCAGCCUGCCGAAGAGCGAGGCAAGUUCUUCCUCAAAGUUUAAGUCUGCUAAAUCUUUGCCUUCAACCCUGGUGAAGCUACGUCAGUUAUAUAAUUCGGUCUCUCAUGGUGACGUGAUAGCUGCUGUGGAGCAAUUCGGAAAAACCAAGUCAGUUGUACUGUAUCGGAAAAAACAGGAGGCACUCGUGUAUUUUGAGAAAGAGGAAAGCGCAAAGAAAUUAAAGAGCUUGAAGAGCAUCGAUGUGAAAGGAAUGCCAAUCACUGUUGUCAAGGAGCAGGAUGCUGUUUCUGAGGAACAAAAGAAGCCUUCACAGAAAAAACCUGCCACAACCAGUGUCUCCACACGUCAAACCACUACUACAAGGAAGGCUCUUCUCCCUACACCUAGUGCGCCUCCGCUUACAGGGCCCAAAAAGCCUUCGUCUUUACCUUCUGAAGCCAACAAAAGUACAACAGGCAAACAUGCUAAUCAGAAAAGUGCAGUUAAAGGCUCAGUUAAAGGCCUAAAAACUACCACCAAAGCAAAGGUUUUGGUUUCCAAAGCGAAAAGUGUCUCAACCAAGCAGAUUAACAAAAUGGUAAAAACAGGAAAGUUGCCUGCAAAAGGAGAUGUGAAAAAGGCCAUGGUAAAGCAAAAAAGUUCUUCAGGAGCCAAGUCCACAGCUACAGAAAAUCAGUCUGAUGUAGAAAACUCGAAGCCUACAGAAUCUGAAACCAAGGUUCAAGAAACUGUGCCAAAAGACACCGCCACAGUUCCUGAAAAUACAAAAACGACACUUGUUGAACCUAAAGAAUCUGAACCCAGGAUUCAAGAGGCUGCGCUGAAAGACCCAGCCAAGGUUGUUAAAAAUGCAAAUACGACAGUUGUUGAACCUAAACGAUCUGAAACCAAGCCUCAAGAAGCUGCGCCGAAAGAUACCGCCAAGGUUGCUAAAAAUGCAAAUACGACAGUUGUUGAACCUAAACGAUCUGAAACCAAGCCUCAAGAAGCUGUGCCGAAAGAUACCGCCAAGGCUGUUAAAAAUGCAAAUACGACAGUUGUUGAAUCUAAACGAUCUGAAACCGAGCCUCAAGAAGCUGCGCCGAAAGAUACCGCCAAGGCUGUUAAAAAUGCAAAUACGACAGUUGUUGAAUCUAAACGAUCUGAAACCGAGCCUCAAGAAGCUGUGCCGAAAGAUACCGCGAAGGUUGUUGAAAAUGCAAAUACGACAGUUGUUGAACCUAAACGAUCUGAAACCGAGCCCCAAGAAGCUGCGCCGAAAGAUACCGCCAUGGUUGUUGAAAAUGCAAAUAAGACAGUUGUUGAACCUAAACGAUCUGAAACCGAGCCUCAAGAAGCUGCGCCGAAAGAUACCGCCAUGGUUGUUGGAAAUGCAAAUAAGACAGUUGUUGAACCUAAACAAUCUGAAACCAAAGUUCAAGAAGUUGUGCCGAAAGACACAGCCAAGGUUCCCAAAAAUACAAAUACGACAGUUGUUGAACCUAAAGAAUCUGAACCCAAGCUUCAAGAAGCUGUGCAGAAAGGCACCGCAAAGGUUGUUAGAAAUGCAAAAAUGACAAUUGUUGAACCUAAAGAAUCUGAAAUAAAUGUUCAUGAAGCUGUACUGAAAGACACUGCCAAGGUUGUUGAAGAUUCAAAUAUGACAGUUGUUGAACCUAAGCUUCAGGCAGAACUUGGCAAAGCCAGUGACACUGAAGACACUGAACCAAUGGAGAUUAGGGAAAAGGGAGUUGAAGUGGCAGAGCCCAUGGAAGAUGGAAGUUGUACUGAGGGCCAUGGAGAAAAAUUGACAACUACUGAGGCUGUACCAGAAAAUUCAGCAGACAAAUCCAGUGAGAGUCAACCACCAGACAGUACAGUUGAGACCCAGACAACAGACACCUCUGUCAAAGCUUUACCACAUGUCCAGCUAAGCACCGUGUCAGAACCAGAAUCCUCUACACAAGGACCAGGGACCAAGAUGGAGGCUUCACAUCUGGAACAGCAGGCUGUGGGAAGUCCGACUGAGGCCGCUGUGGAGGCAAAGCCGGCAUGUCAAGGGGUGGAGACAAAGACAAUUGAAAAAGAUCCUGUGACGGAAGUGAAGACAGGAGCGGAUGCAACAUCAGCCAAGGACGCCUCCAGACACAAUGAAGAUACCUGUCUGACUAUUGGGGAGAUGGUAGAAAAGCGCCUGCAUCAAUCCCAAAUACCGUGCCUAAAGAUGAACAUCUGCUUCUCACCUAAAUUUAAUUCACUUAAUAAGAAGCAGUUGCUCAUAACCGACCUGCCGGUGUAUCAUGAUGGCUGCUACACAGAGGAAGACCUCGCCAAACUGCUCAUGCCAUUUGGAUUUCAAUAUGAAGAUGACAAGAUCCAUGUUGUUCCUCAGACACUUAUGGCCUUCGUCAUGAUGCCGAAAGUGGAGGAUGUGCUUGAGAUCAUGAGAGUGUCCGUAAGGAAGGGCAUUACUUUCAAAGGGUCUAAAAUUGGUUUCCACGUGCUAGCUGGCGGUAUCACAAUGUCACCGCUUGGGAUUUAUCGGUCGCUGAUGAAGUUGAUGGGUUCACAUGUGGCUGACGAUGGAGCGAAAACAAUCUGCAUCAAGAACAUUUCAUGGAGUGAGAGCAGGGAACUCAGGGAAGCUUUGAAAAAAAUCGGCUCUGUCCAGAAUUACCUGCCUCUCCUCAACAAGGUAUUUAUAGAAUUUGAGUCCAUUGGUGAUGCUGAUCGGCUCGGAGUUUGGUACAGUCUCCUGAAACAAGCUCCUGGCCACAAAGUCUACAGGCUGAAAAUACCAAACAGACCCUGUACAACACUACCACCAAAACUUCCUGAGAAUGCUCUGCCAGACAGCAAGGACGUUGUUGCCGGGGCAACUAUCCCGCUGAUAGAAAAUGCCGUUCCACAGGCCAGCAUUGGACCAUUUUGGGUCAUGUUGAGAACUCAUCCCUUCCUGUUCUCUACUGUGUCUCCUUGGUUCAUCAUCCCAGGUCACCUGACAGCUGAAGGACAGGAGGACAUUGAGAAGGCCAGUGGUCGCGGUUCCAUGUGCCCUACGAUCAUGUUGACCGGUUUGCCGGGAAUCGGCCACUACAAGCAUUUAGACGUGGCCAAGCUGGUCUGGCGGUAUUUCCCCAAACAGAACCUUCACUCCCUGUACUACAACGUGGUGGUCUUACCGCUGCAGAGGAGGGCCUUUGUGUUUUUCUCUGAUUGGACUACGUGCUGCGAUUUUGUCCGAGAUCACCUCACAAAUCCAGUUUCUGUCAAAGGCUGCAAGCUCUGUGUUCACUUCGUCUUGGAACACAUGAAACCCGAAUCCAGUGAGGAGAUGAUGUACACAACUCUGAUGAAGUGGAGCAAUGCUGGAGUUCCAGAGCCCGAUUCUCUGGAGGAGAAGUUGCUGUGUGUGGAGAUUUCUGAGGCAGCUCUGGAUGUCAUCAGGACGGUCUUGAAAGCGGUGGCCUCCAUCGCAACCUUUGUCGGCUUUCUGCCACUCGCCAACAGGAUAUGCAUUGAGAUGGCUGACUCCAGUGAUGUAACCAAGGUGGUGGAGAACUACAACAACUCUUUGAAGACUGGCAGAGUUUGGUGUAAAGUUCACCGUUUUGAAUCUAUGAAGAGCCUUAAACAGCGUCUACAAGAUUCUAGUGAGAUCACGAUAAACUUUGAACCAGAUGCUAUCGAUGUCAAAGCCAAGCCCCCAGCUGUGAAAUGUGAAACCCAGCCUCCUCCUUCUGAACAGUUGGAUAAUGGGUCACAACCUGCUCUGCAAACCAGUGACCCUGCUGGAUCCAUCGUAUCUGAGCCCAUUACACCUGAACCAAAUGUUACCCCAGCAAGUGACGUAGCAAUGAAGGAGGACGGUGAAAAAUCAGGAACUGAGAUCGUCAUGGACUCCGCUGUUGGUCCUGAGGCAAAUGAAGAUGUAGGAAAAGCAGACGUAAAGGUGGAAGAGGAGUCACCAACAACUCCAGUCUCUACUGCUGAUUCGACCUCUACCCCUGCAGUCAGCAGCGGAAACACAGUCUCAGCUGCUUCCAAUACGACCCCAUCAGCCACAGCAGUCAUCUCUGAAGGAAACUUUGCAGAAAUUCCUAAGAUUAGCACAGAAAAUUUCCUGGCCCUUGUGGCAGCAGUUCGCAAACACAAACUCAGCCGGGAGAGCAGGUCCCAGAGUGAGGACAAGAUGAGCCACAGCAAAUGCAACAUAAGGCCUAAAACUGCAACGGUUGAAGACACACCACAAAGAACGGCUCAGGACAAUUUUACAGAUGACAUUGUUUCUUCAGACGCCUGUCCUUUCGAUACGCAAAAUUUCAACAUUGAUGACUUUGUCACUGUUGAUGAAGUUGGUGAUGAUGUGGGAGACGCAAUCCCUGAACCUCAUACCUCCUCCUCAUCUAAGCAGUCCUCCAGAUCUAGAAGAGAGAGACACAGCUCAGAUGUGUGGUCCACUGGCAAACAGACCUCAACAAGGUCUUCAAGAGACUCUAAAAACUCAGCUUCUUCCUCAUCCUCCUCAUCCAGUUCAGCAAAAGGUUCAAGCUCUUCAAGCUCUGUGUCACCAAAAAAGCCCAAGGACUCAUCUGUGUCCACUAAAUCCCCUACCAAACCCUUGGCCUCUACCAGUGUCAGUAAAGCCUCUUCUUCAGUGUCUACUGAAACCUCUUCUUCCCCUCGUCAGAAAACACAACUAAGCAAGACAAAACCUCCAGCCGAAGCAUCUAAUACUGCAUCUUCCAGUUGUCGUACCCGCUCAUCCUCAGCUGCAUGUGAUACGGAAAAGAUAACAUCAGCAGCAAGUGCCAAGGCAUCAGUGAAGACACAUCCUGAGCUGCUUGAAGAAAAAGUAAAAGACACAGAGAGCGUAGUAACAAAGUCUGACCACAAAGUGUCAGCAGAGAGCCUUGAUGCAAAAACUGUUGAGUCAGAGACAAAAACAGAAACAUCAUCAGAGAUGCAUCCACCUUUACAGGGACAUGGGGUAGAGUUGAGCCAAGCUCAAAGUCUGGAGAUUGAUUCUAAUGCCAUCCCAAUGAAAGACCAGCAGAAAAACAAAGAGGAAGGGAAAGAGGAGGAUAAUAACAAACAUACAGAGGUGGAGGAGGACAACGGUGAGAAAUAUCAAAUCCUUGAUUCACUUGAUGAUCAAACAGAUCAACAGAUGGAUGAUGUGGACCAAGAGGUCAACUCUGAAGCCCAUCCAACUGGACCUGAGGGAGGCCAGGCUUUGCACAAGGAAAGCUUUCAGGACUUGGACAGUGUUGACGAUGAAGGCAAAACCCACCCACAGGAAUCCAGUGAAAUGGAAAUGGAUAGUUCUUUCCAUGUGCUAGAUAGUGUCACCGAAGACCAAGCAUCUACAGGUCAAGAGGACAGUCGCCUGGUCCAAGAUGGUGGUUCCACAGUAAAACAACUGUCUGAGGAAGAUGCGAUUUCAGCAGAUGUCAAAUCUGAUUUGUUAGGUAAAGAUCAAGAGGCAAAUAAUGUAGAUGAUUUCCAUGUGUUAGAUACAGGUAGUAAACAGUCUGAAAGGAACAAGGGAGAUGAAAAGAGGAGAACAGAGGAAGAGGUCAAAGGCAAAAUGCUUUCAGCAGAGUCCUGCAAAGUCUUGAAAGCUGUUGAAAAUCCUGAUAGCCGAAUCCCAAAUGAAGACCAGCCUCUUCAAGACUCUGACAACAAAGAUACUUUCAAAGACACUGACAAUGAUGUAACUGAACAAGAAACCUUUGAGGUACUGGAUUCAAUUGAUGAUCAGACCGGAACAGAAGAUGACAACCAAAACCUUGAAACUCCCAGUGACCAGACAUCUAAAAAUGACAUGAGGCCCAUGGAGGAAGACGAUGACACAUAUCAGGUUAUUGAUUCUGUGGAAGAUCAGCCAUCGACUAUAGAGAUGAAGAUGGAGCCUGACAACAAGGGGAAAAGAAACACAAGAAGGGAGGUGACAGCUAUAAAAGAUGAUAGGCGAUCAAAGAAAAGCAGCCCCACAACUACAGCAUCCAGAAGUGAAGAGAAGGAGAAAUCACCAAAGAAACAGGACAGGACAGUCAAAAAAUAUGACACACGGACAAGAGUGGACACCUCUGCAGGAGUUUCUGAAAAAGACAAAGAAAUCAAUGAGGAGAUGAUGUACCAGAUAGUAGAUUCUGUUGAAGAUGAACCGGUUCAAGAUACUGCCACCACAGAACUGUCUGGUAGAAGGAGGAGUGCAAGAGGAAAGAAACAGGAUAAAAUGGCAUUGGUUCUCACAGAAGUGCCUGAAAAACCAGAGGAGGCUACAUACGAGAUUUUAGACUCUGUGGAGGACGAAACUCCCAGUGAUGUACCAACUAUCUCGGCAAGAUCUACCAGAGGAAAAAGGGAAAGAACAGCUAAGAAAGAUGCUUUAAAUGAAAAAACAAAAAAUGAGGACACUCCAACAAGAAGGAGGCACACCUCUGCCAGAGAGCGAAACAGGGAAACACCAAAAAAGGAGGAGAAAAUGUCUCCAAAGGAGAGCACACCAUCAAAGAAGAGUGACAGUGUUGUAAGAGAGGUAAGUGAGGAGGAUGUUACCUGUAAGGUAUGCGACACUGUGGAGGAAGAGGUUGUUAACGAUGAUCGGCCUGCUACAAGAACAGGACAAAGGGGAAGACCAAAGAAAGAUGUUAAAAUAACUAAAAGAGGUAGCACAACAUUAAAGAAGAGUGACAAAGACACAUCUGAAAUAGUGGCGGAUGAAGAAGAGGCAACAUAUCAGAUUCUUGAUUCUGUGGAGGACGAGAGUGUUGACGAUCAGCACCUCACAGAACAGUCAAAAGAGAGAGAUUCCAAAAACGAUGAACAGCAAACAAAGAAAAGUAUCUCCCCUGCAGGAUCACCCAAAAAUGAGGAGGAAGAGGAAGAGCCUGUGUAUCAGAUCAUAGAUUCCCUAGAAGACGAUCAAACUCAAGAAGAGCUGACUGCGACAGAGGACAAGACAAAAGAUGAAACUUGUACAAAAGAGAAGGCACCAGUUGAAAAAGAUGACACAUCAACUUGUGGUACCAUAGUUGUGGAAGCAUCCGAAAAAGAGGUUGUCGAGGAGGAGACUUUGUAUCAGAUAAUUGAUAAUUUAGAGGAGGCAAAUGAUGAUCCAUCUGCUGCAGAAAUGUCUUCUAUGGUGAAUGAAGAAAAUACACCCAAAACAGAGAUUCAAAAAAUGGACAAAUUAACAACAAAACUCCACAGUGAUGCCACCGUACUUGAAGAGGAGAACAAACAAAAAUCACCUGAGAAAAACACAAAGAGCACUCUGGUGAACCUGGAUGAAGUGAGUGAGGAGGAGGAGGAUUACCCUGAUGACGCAGCAGAGGAGGAACAACUGAGGAAGCGACAGGCCGCUGCAAAAAAGAAGCAGUUCAACAAAGAGCGGGAAUCCAGGAGGACCAGGGAGAAAGAGGAGAGGAGGACUAGAGAGAGAGAAGACAGGGAAAGAAAGAGUUCAAACAGCAGCAGAGGAGGAGGAGGCGGCGGGGGAGGGACGAAGAGGGAGAAGGGGAGGGGAAAGGAGGAGACGGUGGAGGUGGAUGCCAAGGAGCUGGUGACUCUGGAUGAGGUGGGAGCAGAUGAGGUCGGAGAGGAAAGAGCAUCUGAGAGCCGAGAGUGGGAUGGGGAGAUCACAGAGGGAGAGUUGCAGGCACUCGUCACUCUGGAUGAGUUUAUAGAAGAAGAGGAGGAUGGGAAGCCGGAGCAAAGCACGCUGGAGACCUGUCCACCCAGUCAGGAGGAUGAAUCAGUGGACUUCUUAAACCCAGAGACUUUAGUGACUUUAGAUGAAGCUGGCGAUGAUGAGGAAGAGAAGCCAGACGAAGAGCAAACAGAGAAAACCUCAAGAUCUGCCAAACGCAAACACGAUGAUGACACAGUUUUAGAGGAAAGUAUGAACUUUGUGACGGUGGACGAAGUGGGAGAGGUGGAAGAAGAGGAGGAAAAGGAAAUGGUAAAAGCCAGACCGAGAGGACGAGCCAAGAAGAGAACCAGACAGACCCCUGUGAGAAAAUCUACCAGAGGGAAAACGGUGGCUGCAAAAGACGAGAGAGAAGAAGAAAAUGAACCAGCUGACACUGAUGUACUGCCUCCCACUUCACUCGAUGGCUCCUCGUCACUGGACAAAGAUCCGUCUACGUUUUCAAAUGACGGCCAGACUGAGAUCCAGAAGACAGAGGCAAAGGUGGAAUCGGCAAGCCAAGCAGACAUCACUGCUGCUUCUGCUGAGCAGGAGUCGCCAUCGGAGCACCCUGAGAACCAGACACUGGAGAUAUGUGUGGAGCAAGGAGAGGAGGAGAAAGAAGGAUGGAGCAGGGCGGGCAUAAAAGCUGUGAGUAAACGGAGGAAGGAGCCUGUCGGACCUGAAGCAAAGCGAUCUCGUUCUCAGUCUCCAUGUGUCGCUGCCGACGUCAAACUGCCUGUAUUUAAACCCAACAAUCCCCUCGGUCAGGAGUUUGUCGUCCCCAAAUCAGGGUACUUCUGUAAUCUCUGCUCUGUUUUCUACCUGAACGAGAGCACCGCCAAGGAUCUCCACUGCAGCAGCCAGAGACACUUCGACAACUUGCAGAAACAUUACCAGAAGCUGAAACAGAAAACAUCAAGAAGUUGCGCACAAAGUUCUCAAGGCUCCGUUUCUGAUUGAUAGCGACUUCAGCUACUGGCGGAACUGUACUGGGUGUACAAUAUGCCAUGUGGAUCAUAAUUUUAUUUUAUUAUUUUUUUCAUAUAAAUGUGUACAUUAUCUACCACAGUACUUACUAAAUAUUUUAGCAUGUAUCGCCUCAGUGGGUUUUAAACCCCCUCCAGCUCUACACUUUUGGUGCCUUGCUCUGUGAACAGUUGCACAGUUGUAGAAAAACCAGGAAUCAUGAGCUGAGUGAAACAUAAAGUCAGUGACGGUUACAUUUUCGAAGGUUUGGAACUUUAAACGAUGCUACAUGACCUCUUUUACUCAUCGAUACAUAAUUACUACAGUAUUUUUUUUUUGCGAACACGGCAUUUACAUUUGUCUGAUUUUCUGGAAUUGGGUUUAAAACCUGUCAACAUUUUGACAUUUUGGAUGCAACAUGUAGCACCUUUUGAAGGAACUGUCUGUGAGCCUGUUAACUUGUUUUUAAAGUUGAAUAAAUGAAGCUUCGAAUUUCAUCCUGAGCACAAUGUAUAAAACUCAGAUAAACAACCACUUCAGCUUCGGUAACCAUGCAGCUGAAAAUCCUUGUCACGGUUAGAUAGUAAGUCGUCGAAAUCUGGUGCUCGGGCAGUGACUUCUGGCGUCACAAACCGACGAAAAAAGCCGUCCUUUAACGUCGGCAUGAUACGUGACCGGUUGCCAUUAUAGUUUAAGAAAGAGCCUGUAUGUAUACGUUAAAUUUCUUGUGAAACAGAAGUGUAUCUUGAAAGAAGACAAUGCAUGUAACAGGCAGAACUUGACACGCCGUCCCAGAACGUCAACAACCAACGCACCCAGGGCACCUUGGACGACAAAAUGAUGUGAAUGUGUUGGUUUGACAAACGUGAGAAAGAUUAAUAAUGAUAAGAAUUAUUAUUUUGUCUUUCAGAGACAAUGUAAAGACAGUUUUGUUGUUUGUAGUUUUGGAAAACGUGAAUUAUUUAAUGGUCACGGUCAAUACAAAUCACAGAGCUGAGCUUCGGGGAUGUUUCAGAUUUGUCUGUCCUGACGAAAAUGUAUCUGAAACAGCACCUGCUCCCAGUUUUGGCAACUUUCUGGUGUAAAAUGAUAUUUUUACUCUGUAAUAAACUGUAUAUCUAGUAAA